AUAAAGACUAUGGCAGCCGUUGUGAAUUACUCUCCUCCGUGGUGGGUUAAUCUUCUCCACAGACUGCCUCACUUUAAUCUGCAAUUUGAACAAACCAGCAGUGAUUUUCGACCGGAGGACUCCUCAUACCAGCAGUCUAUCCUGCUGCUGGGCAGUGUAGCUCUGGCAUGCUUGGCCUUGGACCUCCUCUUCCUCCUCAUCUACUCCUGCUGGCUGUGCUGCCGCCGUAAGAAGAGCGAUGAGCAGCCAAACGCAGACUGCUGCUGCACCGCCUGGUGCGUCAUCAUUGCCACCCUCGUCUGCAGCGCUGGCAUUGCUGUUGGUUUCUACGGGAAUGGCGAAACCUGUGACGGCGUGAAUCGGUUUACCUACUCCCUCCGCCAUGCCAAUCGCACCGUGUCAGGAGUGGACAGAUUGGUGUCAGAAAGUACAUCAGCUCAGAGCCAGACUGUGGACGAGAACCUUCAGCUGCUAAAGGACCAGUAUGCAAAGCACACAGACUACCUGUCCAUUGUACAGAAACUCCAGGAUCAGCGGAGCGAGCUUGUUCGUCAGAUGGCUGACAUUCCCUUUUGGAGCGAUCUCAGCAUCUCCCUGGAGGAUCUGGCAACCCAGAUUGAACUGUAUGACUGGUACAGGUGGCUAGGCUACCUGGGUCUGCUGCUGUUUGAUGUGCUCAUUUGCCUGCUGGUGCUCUUUGGCCUUAUCCGCAACUCCAAAGGAACUCUGAUUGGGGUGUGUUUUCUGGGUGUGUUGGCGCUGGUAAUCAGCUGGGGCUCACUGGGUCUGGAACUGGCUGUCUCCUCGGGCUUCAGUGACUUCUGUGCAGCGCCUGACAUGUACAUGACCAAGGUGUCAGAGCAGUAUAUGCUCAUCAAGAAAGAUAUCCUGCAGUAUUACCUCACAUGUAGCGUGGGUCAGGUCAACCCCUUCCAACAGAAGCUGUCAGGAAGUCACAAAGCACUGGUGGAAAUGCAGGACGAUGUGUCAGAACUACUGCGCUCUGCAGUCCGGGAAUACCCCAAAACAAAGGGAAACCUUGAGCAAAUUCAGGGGGGUUUGAACACCACUGAAGUUGGACUGCACCAGCUCACUGCUCUUGUGGACUGCCGCAGUUUGCACAUGGAUUAUGUGCAAGCAUUGUCUGGAGUGUGUUAUGAUGGACUGGAGGGCCUGAUCUACCUGGUGCUGUUCUCGUUCAUCACAGCUCUCAUGUUCACCUCCGUCGUCUGCAGUGUGCCACACACAUGGCAUGGCAAAAGGCCUGAUGAGGACAGUGAGGAGGAGUCCAUGGCUCCUGGAGGCAGACAGAAUCAUGAUAACCUGUACCGGGUGCACAUGCCCAGUCUCUACAGCUGCGGCAGCAGCUACGGCAGCGAGACCAGCAUCCCUGCAGGAGCACACACUGUCAGCAACGCUCCUGUUACUGAGUACAUGACCCAGAAUGCAAACUUCCAGAACCCUCGCUGUGAGAACACUCCUCUGAUCGGGAGAGAAUCUCCUCCUCCGUCUUUGUAUUUGACAUCCACGGACAGUAACAGCCGUCACAGCUGGCAGUUAAAGCCAUCGGAGAGUUCCCGCUCGUUUUGGUAACAGCCUCGGCUAUUCCAACAGUACACAUCCAGCAUGAGGGCCAAGUACCUGGCCAACGCCCGGCCCGACCCCAACAGCAGCACCUCAGCAAACUAGAGGAACACUGUCUUUUUUCCCUUCAAUCUAAAGCUCCCACUCAGCCACGUUGUUCCCACAGCCCAGACCGGUUUCACCCCAGGCCCACCCAUCUUUGAUGCUUGCUCUCCAACCCAGCUGAUAAAGGACGUCCUUGCAUCAUGUAAAUACUGCUGUCAGAGGAAUGUUCCAGAGGCCUCUUGCGCUUUUUCCAGAUGGCCGGUUCAGUUCAGGCAGCUAGUAGGGUUACUUUCAGCCCUGAGUGCUUGUGUGUGAGCGCCUGUAAUGAGUAUGAACUUCAUUACCUACAGAGACAUUGAGUGACGUGUGUGUGUGUUGAUCCAUGCUGCCCUUGCUCAUUUGUGGUGCUCUUGCCAGAGGUUCAGAAAGGUCCAAAACUGAAGAACUGGACAGGGUUUAACGCCCAUAACCCUACAUUCCUGUGUAGCCUCUGUCCUCUGGUCAUUUGAAGUAAUGUGACCUUCUCCAUUUGCAGGACCUACUGCCACAUCCCAACUCUACCGUUUACAUCAGUGGCAUCUACUGUAAUAUAACUGAACCGAUCUAAUAUGAACAGCGUGAGAUCAAUGAGAAUUUUCCCAGAAUUCAGUAAUUGGGUUCCACUUGUUUAGGCUUAGAUUGCAGUUUUUAAAUUAACAGUAGCUGUUCUAAUGAAAUGGUGUGAGAAAGAAGUCCAAAAACAUACUCUACUCUAGUAAACAAAUGCAGACGCCAAGAAUGUGGCGACUCAUUGUACGUGCUUUGGCGCUAACCUCCAUACUCAAGGGGGCGAUACACCUAUUAUGUUUUAUUCACUGCAUUACUAAUAUAGUCCACUUAAAUAAGUGAAAGAAAAGGAGUGAGUGAAUUUGUUGGAGUGGUGAACACAGUCUUCUGGCAAGUUUGGUAGAAUAUAUUCGGCAUGACUCUCACAGUGCAUUUGUAUUCAAUAACAGCUAACCAUUGAGUGUACAUCAGUUGCAGUGAAUUAUGGAAGCGAGUGUACUUGAUCAUGUUCACGAUUAAUUGCAGACACCAAAUAGUGCACUAUAUUUCAGACGCAGCCCAAGUUUCUCUUCAAAAAAUUGCUUUUUCAUGACUCUAAUAGCCUUAAAGAUAAAAAUUUGACUGUGGAAGUUGACGGAAAUGCUUGCUUUAGCAAACUUGUUGCGUUAUGGAUUCCAGUGUAAUGCAUGAAAUCAAGUUUGAGUUAGCACAGUUAGCUUAUGCAUUUUUGUACUCGUGUAUAGUAUGUUUCAGGCCUAAAUCUGUAGCAUACGCUGGUUGUGAGGAGAAUAUAUUUUUGGAUUUUUCAUCUCAUUUACAGGCUUGAGUUUUCAGUGAGGAAAUUAUGGUUUGUAGAUGUUUACCUAUUGAAAUUCUUGUUGGGAUCUUCUCAAUACAGAUGGACUGAAUUAAACCAACUACUCAUUUAACUGGGCUGUAUCCACUGCCAUUACUGGAAAACCUGGAUAACCAGAGCUGGACAAAACCAGCCUAACAAAGAGGAAGUUGAGGAAACCUCAUCAGAUAGUUGACCAAACCUUGAUGACCUGGAUUUUGACCAAACGCUGAUGAUCUGGACAACCUCAAACUGCUUUUAUAUCCAAGUAGUUUCAGUCUGAAUUCAACAGAACUCUAAAAUUGCUUAGUCUGAUGCUGGGAUCAUUACAUUUGUCCUAUUGCUGUACAAACAUAGAGACACUGGGACCAGCUUGGACAAUUUGCCAUCGCUUAGCUGUUCUAGGAAAGAAGAUGGGAGAAGUUCAUUGUAGUGUACACAAUGUAAACUUAACAUUUGGACCUUAAUUUUGCUAAUCAGUUUAGUCCUCAGGAAAGGGGACACCAAUAUGGCAGGAAGUAAAGUCAUCAGUGUACUGUCUUUUUUUUUUCUCUCAUUCAAAGAAAUGGAAGAGAGCCGCAAGCCUCAGUAACUUGUGCUGUAAUUCAGUGUGACUUUCAAAUCCCGCAAUUUCCUGGGCUUGUUGCUUCUGUACCACAAAUUGCUUUCAUUCCCAGAGUUGAGGGGAAACUUGCCAUCCCAGAAGAGGACAUAAAAGUGAUGUGCUGUCAUCCAGAAUUUUUUCCCCUUGAUGAGAGCACAGACACACAGGAGGCUGGCAUCUGAUCAGGGUGAACUCCCUUUCUCCUCAAAAGACCUCUCUCUGAUGUUGUAGACCGAGUCUAGUAUGAAUGCAUCUCCCCUCUGGACCUUAUAAAGUGGUGCCAAUGUUCUCAUAUCAUGGGCAUCUUUGGUUCCACCUUCACACACACACCUCAGGACUGACUGCCUCCUUCCUCAUACUGCCAACAUCUCAAUUUCAGGACACCAAGUCCAGGUCAUAUCCUUACCAUUUCAGGGCUCAACAAAAAGCAGUCAAAAAUGUUGCAUUUUUGUUAUCCACAUGCUCUAAAUUCAUAAUGAUAAAGGUUCAUAAUUCGUGAAGAAUAGCUAAAGCAUUGGUUUGGUGGUUCAUUCUUAUUGUUGAACCCUGAUUUCCAUCUCCUAGAGAUCUGCAUGCCGUUUAAAUGCGAACUAAUAACAAAUGCCAAUGUGACAGCGUUGCUCCUGAGGUCCCAGACUUUUAUGAAAACAAGCAAGAACUUCAUGGAGAAGAACAGAGCCUUGGAUUGUGUUCUUCAGCAAUUAUUGGACCAUGUGAGUUCUUUUGCUUCUCAAAGGCAUGGUCAUCCUAUAAACAUGGAGUGGAACCAUGUUGUGUGCUACUGACGCUUGCAUUGGUUUCUUGAUUGAUGCUUUUGUGAUGAAUGAUGAGGUCCUUACGUCCUCGACUGUGCCAAUAACCGACAGCUUUCCUAUAUCUCUAAAUGUUUCGCAUCUUUGAAGUGGACUCUCAUGAGCUCUGUGUGGCCUGAGCAACCAGAUGAGACACCUGUGAACAUGAGCCUGACGUUGACGCUGACGGGAGUGUUUUUAUUUUUCUCUGUAAAUGACCAUGUUAGUGAUGAUGCAAUCUCUGUUUUUAUGUCGCCAUUUACUCCUUGGUAAUGUCAUACUGCAAAAAUAAUGUAUAUACGGUAUAUUGAGCAAAUGUUUGCAAGAAAAUGCCCUGUUAAGGACAUGUAAUUGUGCUGUGAUAUAGUACAAACAGGAUUUGUUUUUAAUUACUUUUUAUUUGAAUUUCAUAGUCCUCGUGGCAUAUUUUUAGACAUAUUAGGAAGCACAAAAUAUUUUGUCUCAUGCGAUUUAAUGAUUUUGGUCUUUUAUCAAGAUGUUUUUAUAUGACUUCACUGUAGGAUGAACUUUUUUUCAGUUACUAAAAUAUUGUAAAUGUAAAACCUGUGGGUUUUUUUGAGCUUGAACUGUGUUUUCAGAUUAAACCUAACAUUAACUGA